AAAAAAAUGUCUGACAAGAUGCUGGACUUCGAAGAGACCGCAACCCAGACAGGUCCGAAAGGAGUCAUCAACGACUGGAGGAGGUUCAAGUUGGAAAGCAUGGACCAGGAAAACCUGCCGGCUGCGAAGAAGGAGCUGCUGAGGCAGAUGUCGUCCCCGAGCAGGCCGAGGGACGAGUCCAAGUCCAGCAUCAACCGCAAGAUCAGUGUCCAGGAGUACGAGCUGCUGAAGGAGGAGGACGAGGGGUGCUUGAAGAAGUACCGGAAGCAGUGCAUGCAGGACAUGCACGACAAGCUCAGCUUCGGGCCGCGGUUCGAAGGCGUGCACGAGCUGGACAGCGGCGAUGCCUUCCUCGAGGUCAUCGAGAAGGAGCACUACAGCACCGUGGUGGUGGUCCACAUCUACAAGGUCGGGGUCAAAGGUUGCGAGGAGCUCAACAACUGCCUGGAUUCCCUGGCCACUGAGUACCCCACCGUGAAGUUCUGCAGGAUCGACGCGGUGGCGUCCGGCGCCGCCGAGCGGUUCUCGGACGAGGUUCUGCCCACGCUGCUGGUCUACAAGGCCGGAGAACUGCUGGGGAACUUCCUGGCCUGCACGCAGCACCUCAACCAGGAGUUCUUCGCCACAGACGUGGAGACCUUCCUCAACAGCUACGGCCUGCUGCCGGAAAAAGAGAUGGCCGGCGUGGAGGACGAGGAGGGAAACGACAUAGAAUAA